AUGACACCCCACGUGUACAGCCUCGGGGCGCUGGUGUGUGACCUGGAGCCGGGCACUGUCCCGGCCUCGGAUCCCAACAUCCUGGAGAAGCUGAAGCUCUGCCCGGCGCUGACGGAGGCACAGCAGGACGCCCUCAAUGCCCUGCUCCUCUCGGGGGACACAGCGUACGGGGAUCCUUCAAGCUGGGAUUUACAGACUCUGCAGGAUUUGGGGCCGCUCGUGCUGGCGUUGAACCAGACCACGCUGAGUUUGGUGGCCGAGGCAGCACGGGAGGAUUUCAGGAGGAGCAUCGCUGCCGCCUACCUCAGCCAGGGACGUUCCCAGCGGGAGCAAUCCCUGAUCCUCCUCAGGGCGCUCGCAGCAGCCUCGGCUGCCUCCCAGCCCCGGCUGCAGCGCAGCGCGGACCGCUGUCAGUCCAAGCCCAUCACUGCCAGCAACAUCGAGGACAUCAUCUUCCUCUCCCCUGACGAGCUCGACCUGUGCCUGAGCAAUGAUGUGUUAAUAAAAAACCUGGAGGCUGUGCUGGAUCUGCCAAUCACCUCACAGGCUUCCUGGGUCCUGAAAAAAAAGGUGGAUGAGUUUUUCCAGGGGUCAAUCCCAGAGGAGCAGCUGAAGCGCCUGGGGAUGCUGGCUGGCCUGUACACGGAGCAGGAGAUCAGCCAGUGGCAGGUGACAUCCAGUGACACCCUCUCAGCCCUGCUCAGCAACUCAGGACAGUGGAGGGAUUCCCAGGUGCAGCAGCUGCUCAGCAGGUACCUGGCCCUGGGGGGCUCCUUGACAGGGCCCCUGCUCCAGGAAAUCAGAGGCAAGCGCCUGUGCAACCUGCAGGAGGAGGAGAUCCAGCAGAUCCCUGCUGCAGCCAUCAGGACUGCUGGGAAGUUGGACAUCUCUUCAUGCUCCCAAUCCAAGAAGGAUCAGCUCUAUGGGAAGGCCCGGGAGGCCUUUGCCAGCCUGGCCAGCACCCCUGGCCUCUAUUACUGCCAGAUCCAGCCAUACCUGGGUGGAGCUCCAGCAGAAGAUCUGAAGAACUUGGCUAGUGCUGGUGUGGCCAUAAACAUGGAUCUGAGCACCUUCCUCACCCUAAAUCCUGAGGAACUGCAGAAACUCAGCGUCACUGACGUGAAACAUUUGCUGGGGGAAAACCUCCCUGAGUUAAAGAAGCACGAGCAGGAGCCCUUGGUGGUGAGCUGGGUGCAGCAGCAAUCCCAGCAGGAGCUGGACUGCGUGCUGAACAUCGGCCUGCAGGGAGGGCGGCCCGCGCCCACGGGGACAGCCAGCCCUGCUGCCACCUCCACGGCCACUGUCCCCACCCCUGUGCCCACCACCCCGGCCAGUGUCACCUCCACAGCCACUGUCACCACCCCUGUGCCCACCACCCCGGCCAGUGUCACCUCCACAGCCACUGUCCCCACCCCUGUGCCCACCACUCAGGGCAGUGUCACCUCCACAGCCACUGUCCCCACCCCUCACCCCUCGGCCAGUGUCACUGUCCCCACCACCACUGCCAUUAGCAGCCCCUCGACCCCUCAGCCAAGCACAGUCCCCCCCAGGACCCCCACCCCGAGCACUCAGAGCCCAACCCCCCCAGGCACCCCCUCCCACACUGGGGGUCCCACUGUCCCCACUGCCACCCCCCCUGCCGUGACCAGUGCAGCGCCCUGCUCCACCCACCAGGCCCCCACCACAGACAGAGCCACCUCCCCUGCUGUCACCCUCCUCAGCACCCUCCUGGCCACCAGCAGCCCCAGUGCCACCCCAGUCCCUGCUGUCACCUCCAGGGCCACCACCAGCACUAGUGCUGGCACUAAGCCAGCUGGUACCACCCACAGCACUGUCACCACUGUCCCCAACACCACCUCUGCCCCCACUGCCACCCACAACACUGUCACCACUGUCCCCAAUCCUACAUCUUCUCCCACUGCCACCCCCGUCUCCAAUCCCACCUCUUCUCCCACUGCCACCCCCGUCCCUCCCUCCCCCUCUGUCCCCACUGCCACCCCAGCCCCACACACGCCCACCCCAAUUCCCAGCUCCACCAUCCCGCCCCAAACAAGCCUCGGCUCCUCCCCGGCCGUGCCGUGCCAGCCCAGCUCCCCUCCCAGCCCUGCCCCCAGCCCCAAGCCCACACCUGGGAGCAUUCCGGAGCCAGCACAGCCAACCUCCAACGGCCACAUCAACCUGCAGCCUGAGCCCGGAUCAGGAUCCAGGCUCUGCUCCUGCCUCGUUCUCCUGCUGGCAGCCACCGUGGGGAGUGUUCUGCUGGGGGGGCUGCUCUGAGCCCCCCUCAGCACCACCCACCCUGCAGACCCCUCCCUCCAUCCCGGUGGAACUGCGCUGGGCAAGGCCCUGCUGGACAGCAGGACCCAGGAAAGGGAAGAGAAUUCAUCCACGUUUGAUGCCAGCACAGGAUUUGGUUAUUUUUGAGGCUGGCCAGUGAAGGAGGACAGAUUUUCCAGCCCAGAGAAGCUCCACAGGUCCUUACUAGAGAUUUACUCCUUGUAGUACAACCAGCAGUGCUGCUGACUGCUCUGCCAAGGCGAGAACUCCGGGCCCAGCUCUUGCAGGGAUUUCCUGUCCAUCCCCUCCCACUGGGAUCUGUUAAACAGUGGGAAAACUCAGGGAUCUGAGUCACUGGUGGCCCUGCACCGCAGCUGAGAGAUCCCCAGAAAUCCUGUUCAACUUUUCUCACAAGCUGCUUUUUGAUCAAAGUUUGCUCAAACCACACGCAGACUCUCCUGGGAUGAUUAGCUGGAGAUAAUUUAUCUUGAUUACUGUUCAGUGCUGUACAAUAAAACAUCAAUCUGGUUUCUCCUAA